AAACCUUAUCCUAUCAACAACCACAGAUCACUUCAAUACCAGUCACAGAAGCUUCCCUCAUUUCCCACCUCACAAAAGCCAUGGCAACCCUUUGUGUCACUCCAUUUCCGUCCUUUACUCUCGCCAAACAACUGUUGCCCACCAAACUUCCUUCCCUUAAACUCAACUACAGAGCAGGCAGAUCCUUGAAGACUACAGUUAGGUCUUACAAAGUGUUGAUUGAACAUGAGGGUCAAUCUACAGAGCUGGAGGUGGAACCUGAUGAAACCAUACUAUCCAAGGCAUUGGACUCUGGACUGCCGGUGCCUCAUGACUGCAAGCUUGGGGUGUGCAUGACUUGCCCAGCUAAGCUAAUAAGCGGCACAGUUGACCAAAGUGAAGGUAUGCUUAGUGAUGAUGUUGUGGAACGUGGGUAUGCACUGCUGUGUGCUUCUUAUCCAAAGUCAGAUUGUCACAUUAGGACCAUUCCUGAAGAUGAGCUGCUGUCCUUGCAACUAGCAACGGCUAAUGACUGAAAUCUGUGUGCAUGAUAUUUCAGUUAGAAGUUUUGGUAUUUAAAUACUAAAUUUGAGUACAAUAUUUUUGUUAUCGGUAUGCUGUGGUGGCAAUGUUGAAUAGAUCUGUCUCUCUUUCCUUUUGUGCGUGUAAAGAAAAAUAACAAUGAAAGCAUUUUUCUGUCAACUGAGUGAUUGAUUUAUUAGAUAAUGGAUCUUGUAAUUGAUUGAUUUAGAAUAAAACAAAUGUUUAUUUUGCA